AUGCACCGCACAUAUCCGUUGCAGCGGCAUGGCAUUGGUGGUGGCAGUGAAGUAAUAACCGGGCACAUGAGUCAAUUUGGCACACGUGAUAAUGGUGCCGAGGAUCCGGUGGUAGCAAUGGGAGCCAACGCAAACGGUGGAGGCGUUGUGGGCAUGGAUACGUUAGCAGAGAAUAUGUACAAUGCGCCACCAACGUUUGGCGUAACUAAGACUGCCGAUGAUGAACAACACUAUAGAAUGGUAGCAACGGGUGUAAUGGGUGGCGGCAUGAUUGCAGGCCCUGGUGGUGGUAGCGGUGGCGAUGGUGUAGCGGCAACAAAUGGCCUGGGUGGUUUUACUGGGCUCGGUGUUGGCACUAGCGUGGCAUUGGCUGGCGGCGGCAAUGCAAUUUAUGGUGUGCCAAAAACGGAAAUUACAAAAGAUGAAAGUGGUUUUGGUGAUGGCGUGGCGGUAGCGGUGGCGCAGGUGAUGAUGCAGGCAGUGCUACUGGUGCUGCUGAAGAAGAAGAAAGUGCACAAUAUGCAACGCAAACUAGACGGCAUACUCAGCUACGAUGGCACGACCGAUGAUGAGUUCAAGUGCUCGAAGCAAAAUGAUGGUGAUGAGAGCUACAUUUUGGAUAUUGUGCGCAAAUCCAAUACAUACGAAGCAGUUAAGACGGAACGUUCGCCCAUCAACGGCUUUCAAAUGACACGCCAACUAAGCACCUCCACCGUUGAUACACACACAAAGGUAUGCGCUUGGAUGUCUGCGGCAGCUGGCGCCGCUGCAGAGGCGCGUAGCAGUAGCAUAUUAGAACAAGAACCCAUCGAGGUGCUAAAACUGAAGGCCGAUGGGCGCAAUAUAAUAAUUUGCCAGGAAGUAGAGGUGGUUGAUCAGGAGCUGCUCACGCCACAAAACUCGCUGGACUCGUCGCGUUAUACGCUUGUGCGGCAACACUCAGCUGCCACCGAGCCUUGUGAGGCCGAAUUGUCACAACAGGACCAGUUGCCGGUAUACAAACCAACGCCACAGCAUGCCCAUUCACAUUCUGACCCGGUGGAUAUGAAGCAAUACUAUAGCAAUAUUUGUGGUGCAACUGAGCGCGAUGAAAAGGUGACCAGUUUCGUGGAUGCAUUGGCCGGUGUACGCCUAACACACGCGAAACAACUUCAAGUUAUUAAAAGUCGCAACUAUCCGAAAGUUUUACCUACAAUAAAAACAACACCUAACAGUGGUGUGCCAUUGCAUACGAACGCCGACGAUUCACCGCCCAUGACAUUGGACUUGCGCACCACCAACAAACGCAACUCACUGCCACCCAAUAGCUUUCUGCCACAUUUUAGCGGCACAACGGGUGCAAGUGGCAUUGUGGGUGGGCGCUAUCCACCACUACCCCCACCACGCACCAUUUCCACGCUUGGACGUAAGCCAUCGCAACGCCGUAAUAGCAAUAAUAUUACGACAUCACCGCUAAUGUUAGCGCACGACUACACUGCAGAGGAAGAGGAAGAGGAAGAGCCGCCAAUCACGCAAAAUACGCUUAUUGUGGGACCCUUAAUACCGCAGCAGAAGCAACUGACGAUUGGUGCUGAGACAGGAGUUGGCGGUGCUGAUGCUAAUUACUCCACGUUACAGCGCAAUGGAGCAACCACAGCUGCGAAAGCGGUCUUUAAUAGCUUGUUGGGCAAUAGAGCGGAUGACGCAACAAGCAAAGCAAGAAAAACAACAACAACGACAACAGCUAUGCACAACAUAUCUGGCGCAUCAUUAACGCCAACCAGCACUCAAAUCGGCUCAAAGUGGGCGACUACGACAGCUGGUGUGGUCGGCGUUACAACAUUCUUAAGUAGUAGCGGCUGUGCUGGCUUGCAAAGCUUCGAGAGUCGUCCGAUUUCAGUGAGCAAGGAAGACGAAUUGCAGCAACAACGAAGCGAGCAACAACUACAACAUACACAUCACACUGAGCGCGUUUAUGCGAUACAACAGCCAACUAAUUUGCCACCCAUGCGAACAGGCAGCCAAGCAAUAGCGGGUGUAGCGACGCCAACAACAACAGCAGCAGCAACACCUAAUACGUUAAUCACACCCACUUUAAUGAAUUUGACAGGCCAUCAAAGUGGUAGUGUACACAAUAAUAUGCUGCCUACUGGUAGCAGCAACAACAACAACAAAAACGUUGCUAUUAACUCUGGCAUCACCGACAUUUAUGCGCAACCCAACAAGUUGGCAAUUAAAGCAAAGGCAAAUUUGACAGCAUCCAAAUUGAAUGCGCCAACGGUUGAACAAUCUACAACAAAAGCAGCAAUCUCGAAUCAUUCUACAACAACACUUCCGAAGUCACCUUCAAUAGGCGCAAUUGCCGCCUUGGCACGCAUACCGGACAACACAGCAACAACAGCGGCGACAUUAAAGCCAAUUGCUGGCGAUGAGGUAGCCAAAGCGAACCAGUUGACAAUAGCAACAGCACCAACAACAACACCAACUGCUGAAAUAACCUGCCGGUUGGGCGCAAAGGAAUUGACAAAUAGUGACAUCGACAAACAGGUGACAGCUAUGGGUGGCAUGCAAACAAUGGAUUCCAUGGCAGCAGCAGCAGCAACACCUAAAACAACAAUUGCAGCCCACACGACACAAACGGCAAAAUACAUUAGUGCUACAAUCGGAAAAGGAGGCGAUGUGGCAGCACUGCCACACAUGCCACAAGUGCUGAGGGAUGCUAGCGUUGGCAGUUUACAAGCACAAUUAGAAUCGCAACAACAAGUACAACCGCAGCAAAAGGAAAUACCAGCAACGUUGAAAUCUAUACCAGCAGAAACAGAAACAACAAAAAUAACCGAAACAGCAGCAACGUUAACGCUCGUACCUGUCACUUGCAUGUCAGCUACACCGGCGACAACGACAACGACGCCCAAUGCAACAAGAACAAUAGCAAAUGCCAUUGCCGCACAAUUGGCACAAACAAAGCUCUUAAAAGCGGCUUUGGCAUCUAGUAGGGCAGCUAUGGCAAAUACAACAUCGACGUUUGCUGGCAAUGACAGCAGGGCGGUAACAGCGCGCGAUUCCUGCCACAGCUCAGUGUUGGCAUGUUCAACAGGCUCUAGGACAUCCUCGACAUGCUCCACCUCUUCAGAAUCGACGACAUCCUCUAAUGCUUCAACGGCAACUGACACAUCUUCCAACUCCUCGUCAUCGUCCACGGGCACUGUACGCACGGAACUGCAACAAAGGUAA